AUGCUCUCGCACGUCAGAUCGCUCUUCGGUUCCGCACACAGAAUGGCACGCCCUACCUACGCUGGCCCGACGCUGCCCACCGCGAUCGCCGCAUCCCAAGCACUCCCCAGCUCCGCGUCGGGGACUCAGACGGCCGUCGUGGCGAAUGGGUGCUUCUGGGGUACUGAGCACAUGUACCGCAAGGCGUUCAAGGACAAGUUGGAGGACGUAAAGGUUGGCUACACCGGCGGACACGCCGACAGUCCCAACUACCGACAAGUCUGCUCGGGCUCGACGAACCACGCCGAGGCGUGCAAGAUCAUUUUUGACCCGUCCAAGGUCUCGUACGCUGAGCUGAUCGAGUUCCACUUCCGCAUGCACGACCCGACUCAGGUGAAUCGCCAGGGCCCUGACACGGGCACGCAGUACCGCACCGCCAUCUUCACAACCUCGGACGAGCAGGCAGAGAUCGCGAAGAAGGUCAUGGCGGAGGUCAAGGACGCGCACUACCCAGACCAGAAGAUUGCGACGACGGUUGAGCCGCUUGCAAAGUGGUGGGAUGCGGAGGACUAUCACCAGGAGUAUCUGCACAACAACCCUGGCGGGUACGAGUGCCCUAGCCACGUCCUGCACUGGUGA